AUGGACGUAUAUGUGGCUAUGAAAUUACCCGAGAAAAUCUUGCAACGUCUCACGCAAGCUGGACUGAAAUACGAGGCCUGGACUGGUUCCGGAGUACCUCCGCGACAGCAUUUACUCGAACGUGUACGAGGUGUGAAGGGCCUUAUAUGCCACCUAGGCGUCAAAGUCGAUUCUGAGCUCCUAAAUGCUGCUGGUGCCAACCUCAAAGUUGUCAGCACCAUGUCGGUCGGCUUCGAUCAUUUGGAUCUCAAGGAACUUAGAGCUAGGAAUAUUCGCAUUGGUUACACCCCCGAAAUAUUGACUGAUGCAACUGCGGAGCUAACCGUUAGUCUGCUACUUACAUUAGCAUCGGAAACUGUUUCAAGCGGCAAAUGGGGUUCGUGGGAGCCCUUCUGGAUGUGUGGGAAAGGUCUGAACAAUUCCACUGUUGGAAUUUUCGGCCUUGGUCGCAUUGGCAAGGCCGUCGCCACCCGUUUGGCUGCGUUCUCUCCCAAACGC